UCCCUUCCUUUCAACACUAUUUAUACCACAUCCCUGCUUCUCCUAGAAUCAUCACUGCUCGGUACUUCCCUUUUAGAUCUUGACUUUUCCAGCUGUUUUGCAAUGGCUUCCAAAGCCAUGCUCCUUCUCUUUGCAACCAUUCUCCUUUUCACCGCUAGGGCUUCAUCACUUGAUCAUCAUGAGGAACUCAAGAUUAAGAUUAAUUAUGUCAAGGCAACAGCUCCACCACCUCUAUCCAAGGCUCCAGCGCCGCCGCCGCUUGUGGUCAAGCCACCCACUCCACCACUUGCCAAGCCGCCAACUCCACCACUUACCAAGCCAUCACCACCAAUUUACAAGCUCCCUACUCCUCCCCUUGCCAAGCCACCAACUCCACCACUCACCAAGCCAUCACCACCAAUUUACAAGCCACCUACUCCUCCACUUACAAAGCCACCGUCUCCGCCACUUACCAAGCCACCAUCUCCUCCCCUUGCCAAGCCACCAUCUCCUCCAUAUGCCAAGCCAACUCCUAUCCCACAGUGAGCACCACUCCUGUCAUCCACCAGUGAAGCCACCAACUCCUGUCAUCCCACCAGUGAAGCCACCAACUCCUGUCAUCCCCCCAGCCAAGCCGCCAACUCCACCACUCACCAAGCCAUCACCACCAAUUUACAAGCCACCUCUUACAAAGCCACCGUCUCCACCACUUACCAAGCCACCAUCUCCUCCCCUUGCAAAGCCACCAUCUCCUCCAUAUGCCAAGCCAACUCCAGUCAUCCCACCAGUGAAGCCACCAACUCCUGUCAUCCCCCCAGUGAAGCCACCAACUCCUGUCAGUCCCCCGGUGAAGCCACCCACUUAUCCACCACUUCCCCCGGUUAGGUCCAAAGCAGAUUGCAUCCCAUUGUGUGACAAGAGGUGCAUGCUGCAUUCAAGGAAGAGGGUGUGCAUGAGAGCUUGCACGACGUGCUGCGACCGCUGCCGCUGCGUUCCUCCGGGAACAUUCGGCAACCGGGAAAGAUGCGGCAAGUGCUACACCGAUAUGGUCACCCAUGGCAACAGAAGCAAAUGCCCUUGAAUUUAAUAGAGAGAGAGAGAGAGAGAGAGAGUGAGAGAGAGAGGAAAAUAAAUGGUUUUCUUCCUCUGUCCUUUGUAAUUUCCACUGCUUACUGCAUGUGUGUUGAAUGGGAUAAUUAUUUAUUAUUA